AUGAUCUCGAGCUCUCCCGGAUAUCGAGUCGCACCCGGUGUGGCGCCUGGUACAUUGCGCCCCAUCGAGCGGAUGAUGUCCAUGCCGACGUGCAAGUAUGCCUCGCAAGCAUCUCCAAAGCCUCUGCACCGAGCAGUGGUCGCUCCGGUGCAUUCUGGCGCCGAUGCCACGGCUCGAUCGAAUUUGCCACCCUCCGCAACGGCAAACUGGGUGGCGUAUCCAAGUCCUCGCGUCGCAGCGCAUCCGGCGCUCUCGUCCACUGCCAGGUCGCAGCUCCAUCCGAUGGUCUCGCCUCGGAUACCAGAGGCCCAGGUGGCGCAGGCACAGGUGUCCGGACUCGCCGUGGACCUGUUGAGCCGCUCUCGAGAGGCCUUCAUCGUCUGCAGCGGUUCGGGUCCGGCGCGCUCCACAGUGGCAGCAGGUCACUUCGGCGCCUCGCCCCCGACCUCGCCGCGCUUCGAUGCUCCACAGCCACAGUCGCCCAGGUUGACGGCACAUGCUCGGCCCGGGCAGCAGGCCACGGCCACGGCGCCCCCGCGGCCUUCGCCUUCGCCUUCGGGGCCUGGGCCUUCGCUCUGGGAACAGCACCAUCAGCAGGCACUGAGGCAAAUGCGUCGCGGAGCGCUUGCCGAGGGCCCGCUCCCAUCACAAAGCCGGCUGAUUCCAGGUGGAGCUCCACGGCAACCUGCUCGAGAGAGCAAAGCCACGGUGGCACACGUGCAGGUUACACAGCCGACAGACUUGUUGGCUCCUUGCGAGACAAUGACUGCAACCACCGCAACGGCGAUGACGGCGACGACAGCUUCUCUGCCGAGCCGUAGCGAGCAUCUGCCCGCAUCCAUGACUCAGGCAUUGGAAACCCUGCAGCCAGAAGUGCCAGAUGUGCAGCCACAAGCGCAAGCAGACACGGCACCGACGGCACCGAUUUUUCGGGAAGCGCGUGUGGGCUCGGGUCCCCAGCCGUCACGGCCGCAGCCGACACGAAGCCAAGCACCGCCAGGGAACUCUGCAGACACAGCCACAGCCCCCCGUUAUGAAGUGCAGCCGACAGCGAAAGCCAAGGAGCUAUCAACAGUCUCGGGGCCAAAGGCCGCCCCGAGGGCACCACCGUCGCCAUCGCCCACAUCGGAGCAAACAGGAGCCGUAGGCACCAAGAGCCUCAGCUGCCCCAGCUCGGAGUCCGAGCAUGCUACGCUCAAACAGGCGGACGGAGAGACUCAGAGUACUGGACGUGAGACGUUUGACUCUCCCCGGGACGCUUGCUACAGAAGCUGCAAGGCGGCCCCGGCCGAGCCGCUCCUGGCGCGUUUGGCCUUCCUCGAGGCACAGGCCUCAGAUCGUUCCAACUUGCUGGCGCACAUACAACGGCAGCAAGAGCAGCUGAACCGCUUGGAGGCCCUUGUCGAGGAGAACUCAGAGCUCCGUGCCAAGCUGCAUCCGAAGCGCCCCAAGGUGGUCGAUGCAACGAGGAGAGAUCCGCGCCUUGCAGAAGGGCCCGCGGCAGUGACUACCACCACGCCGGCUCUCCGAGACUCACCGCCACCAACAAUGCCAAGGCGAUUCCGCACAGCACCGGGGGAGGUGAGAACCCAGGCAGACGCUCCCAUCGUCUUGACUGCCCGGACCACACCGCGGAGUCCAGGCGCACGUACUGGUCCCUCGGAGGCCAAGGUCGCCAUGGUCGAGCAGACCUUGGCAGAGCUGGAGCGGGCCCUUGGCCUGGCCGAGCAGAAGAAGCACCUCAUCGUCGAGAAGUAA